UUGCCAGCAGUGGGGGCAUUUCCUCCAGUGUCGGGUUUCUCCAGCGCACUGGCAUUUAAAUCUGCGGCAGUGGGAAACCUUUGGACGUCUGUCAUCGUGAGUGAAUCUGCUCUGCUGGAGAAUUUCGCGCUCGUUUUCUUUUCUCUUUCAAAUUUCCAACACUGUAUCUCUUGCGUUCGCUGAAUUGUUGCGUCUAGCGGCGCGCGCUUGUAUUCCAACAAAGCCUGAAUGAAAAUCUGCCUGUUUGGCCAUGUUUUUGACCAUGACAUAUGCGCAGAAUAUUAUGUAAUGCAUUAUAUUUUGUAAUUAUGGUUUAGUCUUGUGAGCAUUUUGUGUCGUGAGUGGCCUAGAGACAAGGGAACAUUUUCAAUGGACUCUUAAAUACAUCUACGUCAGAAGAAAAAUCCAUUCAUUUGAAUACGGCUCGUUGGUGCAUAAAUAAUUAUCCAAGAAAAACAGAAAUAAUCGUGUAAGGUUGCCUAUACUCGAGUUGCAUCAUGUUCAGCUGGUUGGGAACCGACGACAGGAGGAAGAAAGAUCCAGAAGUCUUCCAGACUGUCAGUGAAGGACUGAAGAAGCUCUACAAAACCAAACUGCUUCCACUGGAGGAGCACUACAAAUUCCAUGAGUUUCACUCACCCGCUUUGGAGGAUGCAGAUUUUGACAAUAAACCCAUGGUUCUCCUGGUGGGACAGUAUUCCACUGGCAAAACCAGCUUUAUAAGAUAUCUCCUGGAGCAGGACUUCCCUGGUAUGCGGAUUGGUCCAGAACCCACAACUGACUCCUUCAUAGCAGUGAUGCAUGGCAACAUGGAGGGACUAAUACCAGGAAACGCACUGGUUGUGGAUCCCAAAAAACCCUUUCGGAAACUCAACGCCUUUGGCAAUGCCUUCCUUAACAGGUUUGUGUGUGCCCAGCUUCCCAAUCCUGUUCUGGAGAGCAUCAGUGUGAUUGACACUCCAGGAAUCCUGAGCGGAGAGAAACAAAGGAUCAGCAGAGGCUAUGACUUCGCUGCGGUGUUGGAGUGGUUCGCCGAGCGCGUGGACCGCAUCAUCCUCCUGUUCGACGCCCACAAGCUGGACAUCUCAGACGAGUUCUCGGAGGUCAUCAAGGCCCUCAAGAACCACGAGGACAAGAUCCGUGUGGUGCUCAACAAGGCCGACCAGAUCGAGACGCAGCAGUUGAUGCGCGUCUAUGGUGCCCUCAUGUGGUCGCUGGGGAAGAUCGUCAACACACCUGAGGUGAUUCGUGUCUACAUAGGCUCCUUUUGGUCACAUCCGUUGCUGAUUCCAGACAAUCGCAAGCUGUUUGAGGCGGAAGAGCAAGACCUGUUCAAGGAUAUCCAAUCGCUGCCCCGCAACGCUGCUCUUCGCAAGCUCAACGAUCUGAUCAAGAGAGCUCGUCUUGCUAAGGUCCAUGCAUACAUAAUUAGCUCCUUGAAGAAAGAAAUGCCUUCGGUCUUUGGGAAGGACAACAAAAAGAAGGAGCUGAUUAACAGCUUGGGUGAGAUCUACAGCCGCAUUGAGAGGGAACACCAGAUUUCCCCGGGAGACUUCCCUAAUCUUAAGAAAAUGCAGGAACAGCUUCAGGCACAUGAUCUAAACAAGUUCCAGCCUCUGAAAAUGAAGCUAUUGGAUGCCGUGGAUGACAUGCUGGCCCACGACAUCGCCCAGCUUAUGGUUCUGGUGCGCCAAGAGGAGACGCAGCGGCCCAAUCAGGUGGUCAAGGGCGGUGCCUUCGAGGGCACCAUGAACGGGCCGUUCGGACACGGAUAUGGCGAGGGAGCCGGCGAGGGCAUUGAUGAAGUCGAAUGGGUGGUAGCACGUGACAAACCCAUGUAUGAUGAAAUCUUCUACACUCUCUCGCCCGUCAAUGGCAAAGUGACUGGGGCCAAUGCCAAGAGGGAGAUGGUGAAGUCCAAGCUGCCAAACACUGUGCUGGGUAAGAUCUGGAAGCUGGCUGACAUUGAUAAAGAUGGGAUGCUCGAUGAUGAGGAGUUUGCCUUGGCUAACCAUUUGAUCAAGGUCAAACUAGAAGGUCACGAGCUUCCAAGCGAACUGCCUGCUCAUCUUUUGCCGCCAUCUAAGAGAAAAGUUACAGAGUAAGAUUGAUGGAAUCGGGAUGGAUUUUGGAAAAGCGAAUAGUGUGAAUUUAGGUUGCAGUUGAAUUAUCGAUGGCUGGACAACUAUUAUAUUAUAGAAAAAAACAGACUCCUUUGAAAUGUGUGGUUUAUGCUUCACUAGCAAGAAUGGAUUCGAAAAUGAUCCACCUUUUUUUGACCUGUGUAUGUUUUUUUUUUUAGUUUAGUUUUUUAUGAACAAGUCAUACUGUCUGCAGUGUUUAAAAUCGCUUUAUGUGUGCUUUCAGAUUUUACAGUCAUAUUUUUAUGCCAUAAUUUCAAUGUCGUCUGUUCAGCUAUCAUGACUCUAACACUGUGUCCUAGCCAGACGUGUUGCGAUAAAAGAUAAAUAUAUGUAAAACAGCACAUUUUGCCGAUCACUUGGUUCCAUUUCUGCUACAGUGCUUGCUAGCUUCACCCACAGUGAAAUCUCAUUGGUCCCACUUCACGUAACUACAUUCUUCUGAUUGGCUGUCAUUGUGUCAUGUUGCAUAGCUGUUUUGCGUUCAGUCGCAUUGUGCCUGGUUAGGAUGUGCUAAGAUGCUUUAUCAGUAUAUUUCACUUUCACAUUCAAUUUACACUAUUGUUCAAAAGUUUGAGGUCUGCUCACCAUAAAUAUAGUAAAAAAAAUACUGUGAAAUAUUAUUACAGUUUAAAAUAAUUAUUUUCUAUUUGAAUAUAUUUUAAUAUGUCACUUAUUCCUGUGAUGGCUAAGCUGAAUUUUCAGCAUCAUUACUCCAGUCUUUAGUGUCACAUGAUCCUUCAGAAAUCAUUCUAAUAUGCUGAUUUGCUGCUCAAGAAACAUUUCUUAUUAUUAUCAAUUUUGAAAACAGCUGAACUGCAUAAUAUUUUUGGGGAAAGCGAAAUACAGGGUUUCAGGUUUCUUUUUGAAAAACAAAGUUCAGAAGAAUUUACUGUCACUUUUAAUCAAUUUAAAGCGUUCUUGCUGAAUAAAAGUAAUUUCUUUAAAAACUGACCUCAAAUUUUUGAACUUUAGGUGUAGAUCAGACUGAUCUGUGUCUCAGGUGGGGUGUGAGACAUCAAUUACUGCAGAAAAAUGUGAAUUUUAUUCUGAAUCUUUGUAUCAGUUGUUGUUUUGCGUGCACAACUGGUAAAAUCUAACGAGAAAAGCAAAAUUCCUUUUAUAACUAGGUGUAAUUGUUAUUCUCUUCCUGUUAAGGCGGCAUCUUAAUGAAUGCGAGUCCUUUCUAGCCUGACCAAGAGACUGUUAAAACUGUAUAGUCGUCAUGUCAGAAGACUCAAUGUUUAGUGUUUUGAUGGACCCGUAGAGCUAGUAUCCUUGUCAAUAGUAUACUGUAUAUGUUAAUGCUUAACAUAUCUAAACUAACUUGGGUUAUAGGAGUGUUUAUAUAAUUCCGGUCUGAUUUCCAAAGAAAAAAAAAAAAAAAUGACGCUGCAAAACAGCUGUUACACUUUAUUCAAAUGAUGUGAAACUUCUCUUGCUGAGCGUUUCUACGUUCAUAUGCUCAUUGAAAGAGCAGCGGCUUUGGAUCUAAAUAUGUAUCGAGUCUUAUUACUUAAUUAUAUCAGCAUUUAAUGAUUUAAUGAACUCUUUACCUAUCUAUCCACCCCUUGGAAGCAGUUUAUCUAGAGCUGUCACAUUUUCUCAUGCAGAUUUUUAGGAUCUGAAGAUGAAUUGAUAGGGUUUUAUGCACUGAACUAAAUGGUCUUCAAAGGGAUAGUUCACCCAGAAAAUGACAAUUUACUACUGCGGAUGACAACAAAAGGCAAUAUUUUGCAGAAUAGUCACACUGCUCAAAAAAGAACCAUAAAGAGUCAUAAAAGUAGUUUGAUGAAACUUAUACACUAUAUUCCAUGUCUUCUUAAACCACAAUUUGAGUCAAAUUGAAGUGAUUAUUUACUGAAAAUUGCCAUAUUAUGUACGUAAUAUAAUUUGGCAUUAUGAGACACACUGACGUUUGGCAUCGCUGACAUUAAAGGGAUGGUCCUCCCAAAAAUUCUGUCAUCAUUUACUCACCCUCAUGUCGUUUCACACCCGUAUGACUUACUUUCUUCUGUGGAACAUAGAAGAAGAUAUUUUGAAAAAUGUUGGUAAAUAAAGAGUUUUGGUUUAUUUACCAACAGAUGCUUUGUUGUCUUCCAUUGUAUAUGGAUGAAAAUACAAUGCAAGUCAAUAGGAACCAAAACUGUUUGGUUAUCAACAUUCUUCAAAAUAUAGUCUUUUGGGUUCAGCAGAAGAAAGAAAUGCAUACAGGUUGUAAAUUACAGAAUUUUUGCUUUUUCUGGUGGACUCUACCUUUUUAAUUGAAGACUAAAAUCACACACUUUUUGAUGUACGUGACUCAAUAAUGACAGGAUUUUUAUUUUGUGUACUGUUCCUUUAAAUCUAAUCUGAUUUCCACAAUUAUUUCCACUGAUCCAAACUAAACCUCUAAAGUCCGUUUAGUUUGAUGAAUUAAACCUAUAAUCUGCCUUGGUGCCUUGAGACACACCCGCCUCAAUCAGAUUUGUGACACUAGAGAUGUAUAAAGCACAUUGUCGUAUUCUACAAUACCAUUACACGCUAAUAAAAUAAACUGACAUUCUUCAAAGACUUUCAUUAAUGCUCCAUUUACAGUUUGAUGUGAGUCUCAAAUGAAAAAAUUCCAGAAGUUUUGCACAUCAGAUUUUUUUGGGCCAUAAUGUAGGGUUGUGUAUUUGUGUGUUUGACCAAGUAUGUACAUGUAUAUGGGUGCAAUAUGGUUUGCAAAUGUAUUGUGAAGUAGUUUGUGUAUGUGUGCUUAUGCGAAGCACAGAUGCUCUGUUGCUCAUUGUGUUUUAACCAGUGCGGACAAACUAUGUGAGACACUACUGUUCAGGGAGGUGGACAUUAUUCAACUAAAUAAAGAUAUAACUAAUUUAAA